AUGCCGGCCGGAGGGUUCUCGGUGUCGGCGCCGUCCGGCGUCGAGUUCGAGGCCAAGAUCACGCCGAUUGUCAUCAUCUCCUGCAUCAUGGCGGCCACCGGCGGUUUGAUGUUCGGCUACGACGUCGGCAUCUCAGGCGGGGUGACGUCGAUGGACGACUUCCUGGGCAAGUUCUUCCCGGCGGUGCUGCGGAAGAAGCAGGAGGACAAGGAGAGCAACUACUGCAAGUACGACAACCAGGGCCUGCAGCUGUUCACGUCGUCGCUCUACCUCGCCGGGCUGACGGCCACCUUCUUCGCCUCCUACACCACGCGCCGCCUCGGCCGGCGCCUCACCAUGCUCGUCGCCGGGGUCUUCUUCCUCGUGGGGGUCAUCUUCAACGGCGCCGCCCAGGACCUCGCCAUGCUCAUCGUCGGCAGGAUCCUGCUCGGCUGCGGCGUCGGCUUCGCCAACCAGGCGGUUCCCCUGUUCCUGUCUGAGAUCGCGCCGACGAGGAUCCGCGGCGGGCUCAACAUCCUGUUCCAGCUCAACGUCACCAUCGGCAUCCUCUUCGCCAACCUCGUCAACUACGGCACCUCCAAGAUCCACCCGUGGGGAUGGAGGCUGUCGCUGUCGCUGGCGGGCAUCCCGGCGGUGCUGCUCACCCUGGGCGCGCUCUUCGUGACGGACACGCCCAACAGCCUCAUCGAGCGCGGACGCCUGGAGGAGGGCAAGGCCGUGCUCAAGAAGAUCCGGGGCACCGACAACGUGGAGCCGGAGUUCAACGAGAUCGUGGAGGCGAGCCGCGUGGCGCAGGAGGUGAAGCACCCGUUCCGCAACCUCCUCCAGCGCCGCAACCGCCCGCAGCUCGUCAUCGCCGUCCUCCUCCAGAUCUUCCAGCAGUUCACGGGGAUCAACGCCAUCAUGUUCUACGCGCCCGUGCUGUUCAACACGCUGGGGUUCAAGAGCGACGCGUCGCUCUACUCGGCGGUCAUCACGGGCGCCGUCAACGUGCUCUCCACGCUCGUGUCCGUCUACUCCGUCGACCGCGUCGGCCGCCGGAUGCUGCUGCUGGAGGCCGGCGUGCAGAUGUUCCUGUCGCAGGUGGCCAUCGCCGUCGUGCUGGGCAUCAAGGUCACCGACCACUCCGACAACCUGGGCCACGGCUGGGCCAUCGCGGUCGUCGUCAUGGUCUGCACCUUCGUCUCCUCCUUCGCCUGGUCGUGGGGGCCCCUGGGCUGGCUCAUCCCCAGCGAGACCUUCCCGCUGGAGACGAGGUCGGCGGGGCAGAGCGUCACCGUCUGCGUCAACCUGCUCUUCACCUUCGUCAUCGCGCAGGCCUUCCUUUCCAUGCUCUGCCACCUCAAGUACGCCAUCUUCGUCUUCUUCUCCGCCUGGGUACUCGUCAUGUCGCUCUUCGUCCUCUUCUUCCUGCCGGAGACCAAGAACGUGCCCAUCGAGGAGAUGACCGAAAGGGUGUGGAAGCAGCAUUGGUUCUGGAAGCGCUACAUGGACGACGACCACCACCACAUCGUCAACGGCAAGAUCACCGCCAACAAUGGCGCCUCCGUUUAA